AUGUACGGAUUGAGCUUCUUGCAGAACGCGUACCUCUACCACAGGCACCGGCUGGACCCGCAGCACAAUUUCUCUGUGUAUUUCUACCCCACCGCGCUGCACCUGGAGGUUGGCCUCCCCAACCUGGCGCGUUUCGCGCUGUUGCCGCAGGCCGCCCUGUGCGCGUGGCUCGGGCUGGCGGAGGCGCGCAGAGGUCCAGGCGUGGCGCCGCUGCUGCAGACGGUGGCCUUCGUCGCAACGAACAAGGUCCUCACGGCGCAGUACUUUGUCUGGUGGUGGGCCAUGUUGCCGCUGGCCCUCCCCUGGCUCGCCCCGAGGCGGCCGCCGACUCGCGCGCUGCUGCUCUGGGCCGCCGCGGAGGUGCACUGGCUCCUGUGGGCCUACCUCCUCGAGUUCCGCGGGUUCCCCGUGCGCCCCGCCGUGUGGGGCGCCAGCUGCCUGCUGCUGGCGGCGCACCUCCGCGUCCUCGCCGCGCUGCGCGCCGCCGCGCGGCUCGGCGGGGCCACGAAGCGCCGACGGACCCACGGGCUUCGAGACUCCCUCGGGGGCGUCGCCACGGGCGAUCGGCCAAGGUUCCACCACCGCUACCAUGGGGACUCUGCCGAAGCGGGAUGGUGUGCGGGGGAGUGA